AUGUCCACCUUUACCAGCCACCAGCUGCAGGACGGCGUCGUGCUGCCCCACGUCCUCAACCGCGCCCCGCCCGGCACAAAGAUGCAUGUCAUCUGCCUCGGCUACCUCGCCGCCGAUGCCGGCUGGUUCUUCCGCGGCGGCAACACCUCGACCAUGUCGGACCCCACGGGUCCCGCAAAGCCAGAGCGCCGCGACCUGGUCAUGUACUCGGUCCUCAUCGACCACCCCACCGAGGGCCUCAUCCUCUGGGAGACGGGCUCCGGCAAAGACUACCCGCAGGUCUGGGGGGCACCCCUCAACGACAUCUUUGCCCGCACCCGCUACGAGCCGGAGCACGAGCUCGACGCCGCCAUCGCAAAGGCGGGCUACAGCAUCAAGGACGUCAAGCAGGUCGUCAUCGGUCACCUCCACCUCGACCACUCGGGCGGCCUCAACGCCUUCCGCAACACGGGCAUCCCCAUCUGGGUCCACGAGCGCGAGCUCAAGAGCGCCUUUUUCUCCGUCGCCACGGGCGCAGACAAGGGCGUCUACCUCGCCCGCUACCUCUCCGUCGACGAGCUCAACUGGAAGACGUUCGACGACCGCACCAUCGACUUUGCUCAGGGAAUCACCCUACACCACCUCCCCGGACACACCGACGGUCUCGUCGGCAUGCAGGUCAACCUCGAAAAGAGCGGCACCUUUAUCUUUACCAGCGACCACGCACACGUCCUCGAAAACUACAAGCCCGGUGUGCCCCAGGGCUGGCUCGCCCGAGACCACCCGGCCUGGUUCAACUCCAACCAGCGCCUCCAGCGCCUCGAAAAGACGACGGGCGGCACCAUCGUCCCCGGACACGACCUCAGCAUCGCACAACCCCUCUUUGGCAAGGUCUUCGAGUAG